CGCUUUUUAAGGACGGCUGAGGGUCGAGACAAUGUGAAGGCAUCCGAGCAUGUCGAGGCAAGUACGCUUGAAAUCACACCAGCAACAAGAAACGGCGAGAAGAAGGACACACACCAGCAACAGGAAACGACGAGAAGAAGGACGGUUCAACUUGUGCCGCAACUCUUCAUGAAGCUUUAUGAUGCAGGGGUGAAAGAGAGAGACGAUGGGAGAAGCGUAGAGACGGAGGACGGAGGGAAGUGUCAUGACCGGUGGAAGAAGAGGUAAGUAAUCUACGUCCUCGCGAAUUUGUCCGUUGCUAGGAAGACACGGAAGCAGUUCGGAUUUCAAAAGCUGUCACGGCUCACGAACUCCAUGGAUUACGUUCACGCCUCCAGGUGACGGAGAAGAAGAUCAUCCGUAUCGGGCAAACGAGCUCGCCCUUUCUCGCUCCUAAGCUCCUGUUAUUGCAACGGAUUGAACAAGAUCGUCUGUGGUUUCCCCCCAGUCAGUGCAUCCACUGGAUGUUAUCUAUUCUCAUCUGCAGACUGCAGUCCAGAAAACUGUCGACGCAGGGCGAUGGCCUUUAGAGAGAACUUUGGGGAGUUUGCUGCUCAGAGGCCAACUGGCAUGAUCAACUGGCUUGUGUGUACCAUAACAGAUUUUUUAUAACUACGGACCAUUGAGUACCGUAUGCUCUGGUUUGGCGACAGCCUUCGGGACUGUUUUGCAACAGGCACUGUGCCAGGCCUCAGGGGGUUCCAUAAUCCCAGGAAGUACCUGAAAGCCAAACAUUUGUCAUCCAGCCAGACAUGUUGAUCCCAGAGCUUUUGUGGUGGUGGUUUUUUUUUUUUUUUUUUUUUUUUUUUUUUUUUUUUUUUUUUUUUUUUUUUUUUUUUUUUUUUUUUUUUUUUUUUUUUUUUUUUUUUUUU